UCUCUCUCCAGGUCAUGGCUGGUUCAGCAAGAAGCACCACGGAGAAGAGGUCUGUGGGGAAGGUGACCCCUCCUCAGUUCCUGGUCCAGCUGGCAGCAGCUCUGGACAACCCUUCAGUCAAGUCACUGGAGUGGCAUGAAGAUGGGAAGAGCAUCCUCCUCCAUGCCAAACUGUAUGAGGAAGAAAUCCAAGGUCACCAAGAACUGUUUCCUGAACUCAAGAAUCUGAAAUCGGUCUCUGUGCUCCAGGCCUGGCUGACGACCUACGGCUUUAAAGCGAGAACAACAAAAAUGGACUCUGAGCUCCUCAUUUUCCAACAUGCAGAUUUCAAGAAACUCCCUCUCAAGGCGGAGGAAGUGGAUGGCUCCAAGGCAGAAACUUCUCUCAUCCCAAAGCAGCCCAAGAAAUCCAAGAAAAGGAAAAGUUCACUGGAUAUCAUUGUGCACCCGGCUUCCGGUACAGGGAGCACACUGUCUCCAGAUUCUGCAGGCGGAGAGAGAAAAUCCCAGCGUCUGCGACCUUUAUACCAGUACAUAAACUAUGGCAAUCCAGAGAUGAACAGUCCGUCAGAAAACGAAUGUGACCUUCCCCCAAUGGAGAUUCAGCCUGUUAUAGAGAACAAGACAGGACCUCUAGAACUGAGAAUAUCUCCACCCAAAGUUGCAGAAGACAAAGGUAGAGACUUGAGGAGCCCCAAAAGCGCCAAUACGGGAGUCGCAGCCAAGGCUGAGGUGGACAAGUCUACUCAGGUGGACAUAGACAAGAUGCUCAGCGUCUGCGCGGCUCACCUCGUCCCGCCGCUGUCGCCACAGCACAAGUAGCACCGUCUGGCAGAAUCUCCUUUAAAAGGCUCCCUGGAGACCACCUCUUUAACAGAUGUUCCUUUUGCCCCAUCCAAAUAUAUUAAUCAAACAUGGUUCGUUACAUUCUGGUAUCAAGUAUUUGUGCGUUUGGCUCUGUCCACUGGCUGAUAAAAUAAAGGGGAACUGGAGAUGCUGGCU